CGUAUUGGUGGUGGGAACAAUUCUGCAGCGUGUUUAGCGGUGCGAUCCUAGUGGCCUCCCGAGGCGGUUGCCGCGGCGGUUGCCGUCGCAGCUGCUGCAUCCCGCCUCGUCGCUUCUCUCGCCUGCUUUCGAGUCCACUCAAAAGCAUCCUCGUGCUCUCUCGCGCAUGGUUCCCGCGGCGGUCGCCGUCGCAGCUGCUGCGUCUCGCGUCGUCUCUUCUCUCGCCUCGCUGACUCCAAGCCUCCUCCUUUGUCCCCGUCAUUCGUCUCCAUUCCCCAUUCGCCUUCUAAAACCCGCCGCUACACUCCCGUUCGCCGGAUCCCCAAUACAACAUCAUUCGUUACAGUCCCGCGCGUUACAGUCGCGAGCCUGCAUGGCGCCUCCCGAGUUGAUAGUUUCCGCCGAAGGCGCCGUCGAAGGCGGAGCGUUCGAGUCGCGCGCGAUCCCAUGGGGCCAUCCGGAGCGGCUCGACCUGGCGAUGGGGUCGCUGGUGGGCGACAAGACGCGGCUCCGGAAGGACGUGAAGAAGGCGCUUCGGGGAAUGGCGGAGGAACAACGCACGGCCGAAGACGAGGCGGUUCAGCGCCACGUGUUGCAAGCUGAUUGGUUCAGGUCCGCGCGGCGCGUUGCUGCGUAUGUCAGCUGUCGGAAGUUAAGGGAGGUGGAGACUGGUGACGUCAUCAGCAACCUGCUGGGGAGAGGAGCCAGUCUGUUUGUGCCACGUGUCCUGGACAGUGAGAGCCACAUGCGGAUGCUCCAGAUAGCCUCAGUGCGGGUGGUGGGGGAGGGGGGAGGGGAGCGGGGCGGGGAGGAAGGAGGGGAGCAGGGAGGGGAGGAAGGAGGGGGAGAGGAAGGGGAGGGGAAGAAUGAGGGGCAAGGAGGAGAUAGCGGAGGAGCAGGGGGAGGAGGAGGAGGAGGAGGAGGAGGAGGAGGAGGAGGAGGAGGAGGAGGAGGAGCAGAAAGAGGAGGGGACCUAGAGCGCAAUUCAAUGGGGAUUCUGGAGCCCACCUUGACCCUCCCCGAUGGACGACCCAGAACAGACGUGUACAGUGAGCAGCAGCCGCUGGAUCUGAUUCUGGUGCCGGGGCUGGCGUUUGACUGCAGCGGUGGGAGACUGGGGCGGGGAGGAGGGUAUUACGACGUGUUUCUCUCGCAGUACAUGGCGCAUGCCAAGGCCAAACAGUGGAAGCAGCCUCUUAUAGUGGCAUUGGCCUACAAGGCUCAGAUUCUACCCACGCCGCUACCCAUGGAGGCAUCUGACAUCCCCGUUAGUGGCAUAGUGUGUGCUGAUGGCUUCGUUGCACCAUGUUAAUGCACCCAAUGCUGUGAUGAAACAUGGCUUGUCUUAAUUAUUUGGAACCUGGUUGUGGCAUAUUGGGUGAUGAAGUACAGUACCAUAAGCUGCACUGGCUUAACUUGAGGCAGCAACUCUGGAAUGGAACCAUUUGCUUUUGUCACAAA